AAGGUGGCGCCCGCGAGCGUCGUCGUGCAGCCGGGCGACGCGCCCGCGCCGAAGGUGCAGCCCGUGGGCGCGCCCAGACCCGCGGAGGGCGACGACGCCCUGGAGAUCCGGGACGUGACCAGCGAGGAGGGACCUCUUCGCCAAGGGCGGCCCCCGGCUCGAGGAGGCCGUGUCGGGCUGCACGACGGUCAGCACCAAUGAUCCGACGGAGCAGACGGGCCGCAGCCCGCGGGCGACCCCGCCGCGGGCGGGGGCCGAGCAGGCCGGCACCGACGCCAACGUCAGAGGUGAUGCCGAGGAGACCAGGGAGCCCCCGGUCGCCGAGCACGACACCGGCGACGAGGACGACGAGAACGACUUCAUGCAGAUGCCCGAUGGCGGCGUGGAGCGGGCCAUGUGGUGCCUGUGCCUCCCCAUCUACGCGCCCCUGUGGUACCUCACGCCGACCCCCGCGAGCGAGACCUGGACCCUCCCCAUUCGUCGCCGACCCCAUCCCGAAGUUUGUGUUGUGCUUCCUUGUCUCGCUCUGCUGGAUCGCGUGCUUUGCUUUCCUGCUGGUGUGGUGGGUCGACAUCCUGGGCAGAAUAUGCCACGUGCCCGAGAUCAUCAUGGGCUUCACCAUCCUUGCGGCAGGCACCUCCAUUCCAGACGCCGUGUCGUCCAUGGCCGUUGCGAGAGUCGGCGAGGGUGACAUGGCCGUGUCGUCGUCGAUCGGUUCGAACAUCUUCGACAUAUUGGUAGGUCUGCCAGUCCCGUGGAUGAUCAAGACUGGCAUUAUUGAGGGGGGUUCUUACGAGAUCCAGAUAAUAUCGCCAUAUCUUGUAUUCUAUAUCAUCAUGUUGCUCUCAAUGGUCUUCGCAACCAUCGUUUCCAUACAUGUCCUCGGCUGGAAGUUGAACAAAGCUUUAGCCGUGGUCAUGAUCGCCCUGUACUGCCUGUUCCUGAGCAUCGCUAUGAUCGUGGAGUUCACAACGCCGGAAUUUUUGGAGCUCUGACCGGCGUUGCACGGUGGUGGCGAGACCGAUGUUUGCAAAGUGUCUCGCAAGACGGGUCGUUGGCCCCUUCGCGCCAGGCCGCUCCCGCGAAUCAGCACGGCGGGAGAGGCGGCAGCUCAGCCCUGCGCAGCCUGGAUCGCCGGCAGCACCUUUCGCGUGGUGCCCCGGGCCUGCCCGCCCAGUUCUUCGCAGCCCGCGCCUCCGAGGCGCUGGCCCCCCGAUCAUCGGCUUUUGGGGGCCCCGCUGAAUGUCUGCUCAUCGGCCUGCUCGGCCGCGCCAGGCGCCCGGAAAGAUUCCCUGGCACCGACCCUGCAAGGGAAGCGAGGUGGCUCUGUGGACGAUGCCUUCACGGGGUGCCCUAAGAUCCGGGCGUUGCAUCGUUUCUGCACCGGGCGUCGUCGCCCCCGAUUUCGGGCCCCGAGACCAGGACAGAUCGAUGCUUGCUCGAGAAAUGCCGCAGAACGAUGGGGCUCAGGGCUCUGGUCGCGAUUGUCCGCGGUGUUCGAUUUUUGUUCGCCACGCCGGAUCUCAG